AUGGCUGCGCUGAGGGACUGCAAGGCCUGGAAGGAUGCUGGACUUGUCUUGUCCACGACCAGCAAUGAAGCCUGUAAGCUCUUUGAUGCUGUGCUGACACAGUAUGCAACUUGGACCAAUAAUGAGAGCCUUGGAGGUAUUGACGGAUGUCUCUCCAAGCUAAAGGCAGCAGAUCCAAACUUUACGAUGGGACAUGUCAUUGCCAAUGGCUUGGAGCUGAUUGGCACUGGAAGGACCGUGAGACUCGACAAGGAGCUGGACAGCGCUGUGAGGGCCAUGGUGGCACUCUCCAAGUCACAGCCACUGACAGAGCGGGAGAGACUUCAUGUGUCAGCACUGGAUGUGUUUGCCAGGGGUCAACUUCCAAAAGCUUGUGAUCUAUGGGAGCAGAUUCUGCAGAACCACCCAACUGACCUGCUAGCCCUCAAAUUUUCCCAUGACACUUACUUCUACCUGGGAUAUCAACGUCAGAUGCGAGAUUCUGUUGCCCGUGUUUAUCCUUUCUGGACACGUGAUGUUCCUCUGAGCAGCUAUGUGAAGGGCUACUACUCUUUUGGACUUGUGGAAACAAACCUUUUUGACCAUGCUGAGAAGGUUGCCCAUGAGGCUUUGGCUAUAAAUCAGACCGAUGCCUGGUCUGUCCAUACUAUAGCUCAUGUAAAUGAAAUGAAAGCAGAGGUGGAGAAAGGCUUAAAAUUCAUGAAGGAAACGGAAAAGAACUGGAAGAGCAGUGAUAUGCUUGCUUGCCAUAAUUACUGGCACUGGGCUUUAUACUACAUUGAAAAGGGGGAAUAUGAAGCUGCUUUGACAAUUUAUGACAAGCAUAUUGCUCCCCCAUGCCUAACAAGUGGAAGCAUCCUGGAUAUAGUUGAUAACACUUCAAUGCUCUACAGGCUUCAUCUGGAAGGUGUAAAGCUUGGGGACAGGUGGAAUGAUCUCCUUGGGGUUACAAAGAAGCACACCAAGGAUCACAUUCUUCUAUUCAAUGAUGUUCACUUCUUGAUGUCUUUCCUUGGAGCCAAAGACCACAAAACUACUGAAGAGCUUUUAACAACUCUGCAGGAACUUGCCAAAGCACCUCAUGAAGACCACCAGCUUUCUCUGGCUCCUAGUUUGGGGCUGCCACUGUGCCAGGCUUUUGUAGAGUUUGAAAAUGGGAAUUGUGACAAAGCUGUAGACCUGCUGUACCCAAUCCGUUAUGAACUAGUCCAAGUGGGAGGCAGUGAUGCUCAGAGAGAUGUUUUCAGCCUGUUAUUGAUUCAUGCUGCUUUAAAUUCUAAAUCAAAGGCCAAACAAAACCUUGCAAGGUGUCUCCUGCAUGAACGUGAUGUGAUGAGACCAAAGUCACCAAUGACUGAGCGGCUGAUCAGGAAGGCAGCAGCCGUGCAUUCCAUGGCAUAGGGCUUUCCUCCAGCUUCAGCUGAAAGAGCCAGGAGCUUUCCACAAAGUCUGGGUGCAGGGAGUGCAGGAGUGCUGUGAAGGAAUUUGGGGAGGUACUCAAGGUAAAAAGAUCUGACAAUAAUUUCCUUAAAAAAAAGACAGAGCUGUUGCAUUUCUGAAGGUUGUGUCUUAGAUGAUUGCACAAGGAAAGAAGAAAACUUGCUGAUAAUGCACAGCUUUCUGGAGCAUCCCAAAGGCACUGCUGCUCUGAUAUGUUUUCCUGAAUGUUCCCUCUGAUCCUGAUUAUACACAGUGUAGUAACAAUGCCUGGAUUUCAGUCUUUCUUUGGUCCAGUUUGUUACUUGGCCUACAUGUGAAGUAAACUGCACAGGUAAUUCAAAGAGAGCUUUUAAAUAAAGCUAAUAGGAAGGUGUGGGGCCAGAGCCAAUACAGGCAUGAACUGAAUUCCAUGUCAAGCUUCAAGCCCAUUCAGGCAGGAGCCACUGAUCUGUCUGCAUUCAGGUUCUCUUUCCAGGUAUACAUUUUUUAACUCCCUCUGCUAAAAUUUCUCCUUGCAAUAUAGCAUAGCAGAGCUUUUUGGAAUUACUGGGUGACUGAAACCAGACAAGAAUAAUGUCUAUUUUGACACAGGUGCUCUCUCAGCACUUUUAAAUCUUUAAGGUAUGGACUGGGUCUUCAUGCUUCCCUGAGCUUUUGGAUAGUCAGGCCUUAGUACCAUCUCACUCCAGAGAGUCCCUGCAUGUUGGGGUUUAAACCAGGGUUAAAACACAGAGAGGUGAAGACCAGGAGGGAGUACUGCCAUGGAAAGAGGGCUCAGGAGGAUGGACACAGUUCUGUCCAAGCACACGUGAUGGGACAAACUUCAGUGCUGCAAGUCGGGCACGAUGUGAGCCACAGGCCUCGAGGGAGCUCUGGUGUCUCUGUAUUCCUGCAGCAUCCCAGAGCUAAUACACUGUCUUGCAAUAGCAUUCCAGAAAUCCCCAAUGACAGGGAAGAUCAUAUUUCACACUGAAACUGAACUCAUGCCUCCUCUUCCAGAAUAGAAAUCCAAUACUCUGCAACUGCCCAAGCUCUGGCUUUGCUUCCACUCUCCUGGCCUCACUUUCCUGCCCCGCCUUCCUGUCCCCCUCAGGCUCUUCCCCGUGUCCCACAGCAGCCUUGUCCUACAGUUUCCUUUUGACCUAAGAAAGCACUUCUAAUAGCUGGCCCUACACUGCCCCAGAGUUCCUGCACUGUGGAACAAGAGGUAGAAGUGUUUUGCUGAUAUUUUGCUUUACCCAAUCCACCCCUGAGGCAGAAACAGCUUAAAGCAAUGAUAAUGAAACCAUUUAAGGCAUGGCAUUCCUUGCCUUCAGGUCUUCUUGAUUUAUGAGCAUGCUCUUCAUCAGCUUCAUCACUGCUUGUCUGCUCAGCCAUGGUGGGGGGUGACUCACUUGGGACAAGUUACACUGGAUUUUUACUAUUAUUUUUAGUAAGUGCACUUCAAGCAAUGACUUCAGACAGUUAACUUUUUACUCGAGGAAUGUAACCAAUUGUAUAAGGGAACAAAAGCCUGAGAAAGCUCAGACUGGCUAUGCGGGGUAUAAUCAAUGUAAUCAAUGACAGCUCUACUUUCAGUAGAACGUGACUGAGAAUUUUGUCUGCUUUGCCUUAAUAAAUUCAAAGAUGAUUUUUGUUGAGCAAGUA